AUGGGAGCCUGUGCCAUGGUGACUGACACCAACAUCUCGUCUGGCCUUGAGAGCAACGCCACGGGCAUCACGGCCUUCUCCAUGCCUGGCUGGCAGCUGGCAUUGUGGGCAGCAGCCUACCUGGCCCUGGUGCUGGUGGCUGUGAUGGGCAAUGCUGCAGUUAUCUGGAUCAUCCUGGCCCAUCAGAAGAUGUGCACGGUCACCAACUACUUCAUUGUCAACCUGGCCCUGGCCGACCUCUGCAUGGCCGCCUUCAACGCAGCCUUCAACUUCGUCUACGCCAGCCACAUCUGGUACUUUGGCCGUGCCUUCUGCUACUUCCAGAACCUCUUCCCCAUCACAGCCAUGUUUGUCAGCAUCUACUCCAUGACCGCCAUCGCCACUGACAGGUACAUGGCCAUCGUCCACACCUUCCAGCCACGGCUCUCAGCCCCCAGAACCAGAGCAGUAAUUGCUGGCGUCUGGCUGGUGGCCCUGGCCCUCGCCUUCCCCCAGGGCUUCUACUCCACCAUCACCAUGGACCAGGGUGCCACCAAGCGUGUGGUGGCCUGGCCCGAAGACAGCGGCGGCAAGAUGCACCUUUUGUACCACCUCGCGGUGAUAGCCCUCUUUUACUUCCUGCCUCUCGUGGUGAUGUUCGUUGCCUACAGUGUCAUCGGCCUCACGCUCUGGAGACGCACUGUCCCAGGGUACGAGGCGCAUGGCGCCAACUUGCGCCACCUGCAGGCCAAGAAGUCUCUCCUGGACCGGUUUGUGAAGACCAUGGUGCUGGUGGUGGUGACAUUUGCCAUCUGCUGGCUGCCCUACCACCUCUACUGCAUCCUGGGCAGCUUCCAGGAGGACGUCUACUGCCACAAGUUCAUCCAGCAGGUCUACCUGGCGCUCUUCUGGCUGGCCAUGAGCUUCACCAUGUACAAUCCCAUCAUUUAUUGCUGCCUCAACCACAGGUUUCGCUCUGGAUUCCGGCUUGCUUUCCGUUGCUGCCCAUGGGUCACGCCAACUGAGAAGGACAAGACUGAGCGGACUCACACCUCAUCCCUUUCCACGAGGGUCAACAGGUGUCACACUAAAGAGACUUUGUUCGUGGCUGGGGAUGUGGCCCCCUCUGGGGCUGCCAAUGGGCAGGCUGGAAGUCUGCAAGCUGAAGUGUCUACUGACCCCUGA